CCGCGGAAAAUGUGACCGAGCGCCAUCGUGUCGAUAUCUCUUGUCAUCAAAUCUCUAUUUUUGUGCUCGUCUCUCAAAUGACACCUGCUCCGAAAGCGAAAUUGUCAGUGAAUACGAUUGACAUAAAUUCUCGUGACACGCGCUAACUUCAUUCGGUGUUUGUGAUAUUUGUUUGUGACUAUCUGAUACAUACGCUUGUGCUGCAAAGACAUGUCGUGAUAUAAAAAUGUAGAGGAGAACGUGCUAAUUAAAAUUUAAUCGAGCAAGAAAGUGAUUUAAUACACGCAUAUUUAUUGACAUUGAUUGCAGUGUGCAGCGACGUUUUUCACGAUCACAUCAAACGGAUUUUCCUUUCGUGAUGAAGCUGCACGAAAAGAAAGAGUCAGGCAUCCACAAAGUGCAGGAAGUACCUCUCGAAGAGCUGGAUCUUUCAAAGGAAUACAAUGUGGAAAAAACUCUGGGCGAAGGUAGUUUCGCAAAGGUUUUACUGGCGACGCACAGAGCUACCCAGACAAGAGUAGUUCUGAAGGCAGUUCAUCAAGAACUCACGUCAGAGAAGGAUUUUUUCCGAGAGUUUCAUUAUUCGUAUCACCUAAGCCCACAUCCAAAUAUACUUUGUUCGUAUGCUGUUGCUUUCAAGGCGGAAAAGUGUUUCGUUUUCGCGCAGGAAUACGCGCCCUAUGGCGACCUUGCCGGUAAUGUGAAAGCCGGCGGACUUAACGAAGACGCGUGUAAAAGGAUUGCCGGACAGCUUGCUUCGGCUCUCGAUUUUAUUCAUUCAAAACAGCUGACCCAUCGUGACAUAAAACUGGAAAAUGUGCUGGUAUUCACGCAGGAUAUGAGCAAAGUAAAAUUGUGCGAUUUCGGUUGCACGAGGCGCGAGGGCACUCUAGUGAAUAAAAUCCGUUGCACCUGGGUGCCGUUUCAACCGCCAGAGAUCCACGAAAUUAUCAAGAACGAGAGGUAUGCCUGUAAAAGAAGCUCAGACUGCUGGCAGUUUGGCAUUGUCCUCUUCGUUUGUCUGACCGGUAAUCCGCCGUGGCAAAGCGCCGACCUAAUCCGAGAUCCGGACUACUCCGCUUUCCAGCGAUGGCUGAAGCGACGCACCACCAAGAUUCCGCCUACAUUCCGGCGAUUCACUCCUAGGCUGCUCCGAUACUUCAGACGAACGUUCGAGCACAAGCCGGAGAAGAGGCCGCACGUGACUGAGAUCAACAAGUACCUAAAAGAUUCAUGGUGCAUCAAUAAGAUCAGUCAUAGCGCGACGUCGACGUCAGUUGACGUGAGCGAAAGUCUUGCCAGGCGAGGCGACAGUCUGCUGUACCUGGAUACUAUUUUGGAUGAUCGACACAACGUAGACGAGAACAAGAACAAGCUGAGAAAGCUGCUGAAUAGCUACGGCCUGGAGACCACGGUGGAUCAGAAAGUCGUCACCAAAAGGAUAUGGGAGUGGGUGAUGCAAUGUGAUUCUAACAUGGACAUAGAACAGGGUCUGGUCAGCGGCUUCAGCACGGAGGAUAUGUGAGAGAUAGUGAGAACCUGCAGCGAGCCGUGCCUUCGGAUCACCCAGGAGGAGCCGAGUAAAUUCCGAAUGGGCAGCUUCCAUGUGUCGUACAGACAUCGUGCCAAAUAAUCAGUCGGAGUUGUGUAAACGAGAGAUGAUUUUUCGAAAAUCUCGUUUGAAAUGUAUUCCGCGAAAGAGCAGAACACGGCCUUAUUCCAACGGCGGCCUGUUCUAGGAUGUCAAAAUACUAUACAUAGGCGGACCAACUAUUAUCGAUAAACUCUUCCUUCAUUAAUAAAAACGGAGAUCGUAGAAAAAAUUUAAAAAAAAAAUGAUACUUUUAGAUAGUGAAAUAUCGGCGUAAUAAAAAUGACAACUACUCCUUAAAAAAUAAAAAGCAACGUAAAUGUUUAAAAAACAUCGCAUAAAGUCUAAAAGACAUUCUAAUCUCUCAAGCAUUCUCCUGACGUUGUUUAGAUAUUCUUUGAAAUUUUAUGCUGUUUUGGGACUUUGAGAACAAAAUAAGAUAUGCGUCUCUCGAGACAUAGCAGUUAAGUGUAAAUGUGAUAUGUACGUAUCUAAGUAUGGGAAGAAUCCACUUCUUGACCGAAAGAAGAGCAGUGUCAAGCUGGAGAUUAGCUUGGUGUACUAAUUAUAGAGACAAUAAAAUGCCGGUGCAUAUGAUCUUUACGUUAGUCAGUUGUUCUGGUAAACAAUGAUCUUAGUAAUGCCUUACGCGCAACUUAGACGCGAGAUUAGAGACAGCCACUUAGAAAUAUUUUGCACAUAAUUCAAAAUUUUCUUUUUAGUUCAAAUUACAUAACGAUAUAUUCUCGAUCGUUAGACAAGAGAUAAAAAAGCAAGAAGACUGUAUAAUCCAGGGAUUCCCAAAGGAGAUCGUAACUCCAAAUAUAGCGUAGAUUACGAAAUCAUUUUCGGAAACAAUCCAUUCAAUAAGAUUCGAGACAAGCUAUGAAAAAUAUUAACUUUCCACUACGUAAGUCAAGUAAAUGUGAAUCUCUACCUUUUUAAAAUAAUGGAUCAAAAUUUUGAUUAUAAUAUUUAAUUUAUAAUUUUUUCAAGCAAAAAAGAUUUAGCCGAAAAAUGUAAUAAGAUAUAAUCGAAAAAUGCGAAUAGAGAUUAUAAUGCAAAAUGGAUGGUUACCGGAAGUACUAUUAGCGACAAGUGUAUAAAUCAUACAGAUGUAAAUACAUUUAUAUACUUAAAUAGCUAUAUACAUUCGUAUUUGCUAGACAUGUACAUAUAUAUAUAUAUAUAUAUAUAUAUAUAUAUAUAUAUAUAUAUAUAUAUAUAUAUACACACACGUAUAUACGUAUAUACAUUAGAAAAAUAUAGUACACACUUAUAUUCUUGUAGAAGUUUAUCGUGUGUAGUGCGUAGAGGUUCUGUUUGUACAAUUAGUUACGCUACUUCGUAACGGUGAUAUAAACAUAGCGUAAUAUUGCAUGCGCGUUGCAAUUCCAACAGUUGUAAUAAUCUUUCGCAAACGAUUCUGCAUUAAAACGCGCUCACGGAUAACGACAAACAUAAUAUAAAACGGGCACUUCGUAAUGAAGUGUGAAAAUCGGUGGGAAAAUUCAUCGUUUGCAUCCAGCGAUCGAUACAUUUUUUCAGAUGCAUGCGAAUUAAUUCAUAUCCAAUCCAAAAUUUACAUAAUAAUAUUCUGAUUUUAAUAUUAGAUAAUAUCUAAAAUAACUUUUAUAUAAUUUUAUCAGAAUUAAUAUUCUCAGUAUUAUAUAUAGAUACGGGAGAAUGUACACUCUUAUGAAUAAACAUAGUGAUUAUUUUCACAUGUCUAUAAAAUCUGUGAAAAUUGAACGCUAGAAAAAUCUUAGUGCGAGGAAAAAGGUAUAUAUUCGUUUAUUUUUAUCUAUCCACGAGGUACCUAAUUUCCUGUUGACAUGAGAUUACAAUAGUAAGAAUAUCGUUAUCUAUCAGACUUAUGAUCAGAUAUAGAAAAUUGCAGUCUCUCUUAAAGUUCCCUGCAAGUGGAUCGUUAUCCAGACAAAAUGUAUAGCCGUAAGGAUCGGUGUAAGAAACGCGUUAAGAAUUGGAAUGAUGCAGACGCGUAUUUCUAUACAUUUGUACGUGAGAACAAGCACGCGACGAGCAUUAUCGCUCAUCUACAAUAUUCGGACAAUCAUUAUUAUCUUAGUACUGUUCCUCUUGUUCGAAUUGAUUAAGUGGCAAGACAAACGAGUGAUGUAAUUUUUGCGAGAAAGCCGACGUGCGUGCCCUCCAUUAAUACGAAGCAAUGUUUUGUAUAUAUUGAAAUAAAUCUUAAAUUGUACAAAAUUAA